AAAACCUCCAUUUCUCCAAAUAUUGAAUGUCGGCCUCGCGAAGAUUUCUCUGCACACUCACCCAUCCAUCUGCUCAUACGCCCACUCUUUUUUCUUUUUAUUGCUUUCCUUUCUCUCGCUCUCGCCAGUUCUCUACUCUAAUCAUGUCCCAAAAUCAGCGAAGAGGCGGUGAAAAUAGAAAACAACAAUGGAAGCCCAAGUCAAAGCCGAAAGCCGUUACAUCUGCUUCCGCAUCGGUUGAUGAAGCCGUUACUACCAAAUUCGGUGGUUUGAGUAUCUCUGAGGGACAAAUUUGGAAGCCGAAGUCAUAUGGAACCGUGAGUGGAUCCAACUCCGCUGACGCUAGUGCUACCGCUACCCAUGUUGAUGUUCAAACUGAGAAGAGAAGUGUUGAUUUGAGUAAAAUCUUUUUGAAUUCUAAUUUGUUAGAAAACUUCAAAGUUGAUAAUUCGACUUAUUCACUCGCACAAAUCAGAGCUUCUUUUUACCCGAAAUUUGAGAACGAAAAGUCUGAUCAAGAGAUUAGGAUACGGAUGAUCGAGAUGGUGUCUAAAGGUUUGGCUACUUUGGAGGUUUCACUUAAACACUCUGGAUCUCUUUUUAUGUAUGCUGGCAAUGAGGGUGGAUCAUAUGCUAAAAACAGCUUUGGAAACAUUUACACUGCUGUUGGCGUAUUUGUCCUUGGGCGCAUGUUUCGUGAGGCUUGGGGAAGUAAAGCUGGAGAGAUGCAAGCACAAUUCAAUGAUUUCAUUGAGCGGAAUCGAAUUUCCAUAUCAAUGGAGUUGGUAACUGCAGUUCUUGGAGACCAUGGACAGCGUCCCCGAGAUGACUAUGCGGUAGUGACAGCUGUCACUGAAUUGGGCAAUGGAAAGCCAAAGUUCUACUCCACUCCUGAAGUAAUUGCUUUUUGUCGUAAAUGGCGUCUACCAACCAAUCACGUGUGGUUGUUCUCAACAAGGAAGUCAGUUACAUCAUUUUUUACUGCUUAUGAUCUGCUAUAUGAAGAAGGAACAGCAACUUCUGCAUGUAGCGCUCUUGAUGAAGUUGCGGAUAUAUCUGUACCUGGUUCAAAAGAUCAUAUUAUGGUACAGGGAGAAAUCUUGGAGGGUCUUGUAGCUCGUAUUGUAAGUCACGAAAGCUCAAAACACAUGGAAGAGGUCUUGAAAGAUCAUCCUCCUCCACCAGCUGACGGAGCUGGCAUAGAUUUGGGACCAAGUCUAAGGGAAAUUUGUGCUGCAAAUAGGACUGAUGAAAAACAGCAAAUAAAGGCCCUCCUUCAUAAUGUUGGUUCUUCCUUCUGUCCUGAUCAUUCAGAAUGGCAUGAUUCACAUUCAAGAAAUGCAGACAGAUCUGUACUUUCUAAAUUUUUGCAAGCUCAUCCUGCUGAUUAUUCAACGGCUAAGUUGCAGGAAAUGAUUCGUUUGAUGAGAGAAAAACGGUUUCCAGCUGCAUUCAAAUGUUAUCAUAACUUCCACAAAGCUGAAUCUGUAUCAAGUGAUAACCUUUUCUAUAAAAUGGUCAUUCAUGUUCAUAGUGACUCUGCAUUUAGACGUUAUCACAAGGAGAUGAGGCACAAGCCAGGAUUGUGGCCUCUUUAUCGAGGUUUUUUUAUUGAUAUUAAUUUGUUCAAGGCAAACAAGGAACGAGCUGCUGAAAUUGCAAAAAGCAACAAUGAUGUAGUGCAACAUGUAAAUAAUGGCAGUAGAACAUCCACAACAGAUGGUUUAGCCAAUGAAGAUGCAAAUCUAAUGAUUAAACUGAAGUUCCUUACAUAUAAGUUGAGAACAUUUCUGAUCCGCAAUGGGUUGUCAAUUCUUUUCAAGGAUGGUCCAGCUGCUUACAAGGCUUACUACCUGAGGCAAAUGAAGAUUUGGGGCACUUCAGCAGGAAAGCAGAGAGCGCUCAGCAAGAUGCUUGAUGAAUGGGCUGUGUACAUUCGAAGGAAAUGUGGGAUCAGACAAUUAUCAUCAGCAAUAUACCUUUCUGAAGCAGAGCCAUUUCUUGAACAGUUUGCAAAACGCAGUCCAGAGAAUCAGGCUCUAAUUGGAUCUGCUGGGAACUUGGUAAGGGCCGAAGAUUUCUUGGCAGUUGUUGAGGGAGGCAUGGAUGAAGAGGGUGAUCUUGCGACUGAACGGGAGGCAGCACCAGAAAGUCUUAGUCCCUCAGUCAAGGACACUAUUCAGAAAAAAGAAGGUUUGAUUGUAUUUUUCCCAGGCAUACCAGGUUGUGCAAAGUCUGCACUUUGCAGAGAACUAUUAAAUACCCCUGGAGGACUUGGAGAUGAUCGAUCAGUUCAGAGUUUGAUGGGUGACCUUAUCAAAGGACGAUAUUGGCCCAAAAUUGCUGAUGAGCGCAAGAAAAAGCCCUAUUCUAUAAUUCUUGCUGAUAAGAAUGCACCAAAUGAGGAAGUUUGGAAACAGAUUGAAAACAUGUGCCAUAGCACCAGAGCUUCUGCUGUUCCUAUUAUACCUGAUUCUGAAGGAACCGACUCAAACCCAUUUGCUCUUGAUGCAUUAGCUGUUUUCAUGUUCCGUGUGCUUCAACGAGUCAAUCAUCCGGGUAAUCUUGACAAGUCGUCUCCAAAUGUUGGCUAUGUCAUGCUGAUGUUUUAUCACCUUUAUGAUGGAAAGAGUCGCAAAUAUUUUGAGGAUGAAUUGGUUGAACGUUUUGGCUCUCUUGUCAAGAUGCCAUUGCUGAAACCUGACAGGAGCCCCCUACCUGCUUCUUUGAUAUCAGUGUUGGAAGAGGGAAUAGAUCUAUACAAUCUUCACAUUAAGAGACAUGGAAGAUUGGAGUCAAAUAAAGGUUCAUACGCACAGGAGUGGGUUAAAUGGGAGAAGAAAUUAAGGGACAUUGUAUCCGCUAAUGCUGAAUAUCUUAAUUCUAUUCAGGUUCCAUUUGAGUUUGCAGUUCAGCAUGUAUUAGAACAACUGAGAAAGAUAGCAAAGGGUGACUACACCGUACCAAGUACGGAGAAGAAGAAGCUUGGAACUGUUGUUUUUGCUGCUGUCAAUUUGCCUGUUGCAGAAGUCAAGGGCCUGCUUGACAAGUUAUCUGGUAUGAACGUCGAUGUCGAGGCAUUCCUCAAGGAUAAAAAUAUGGACGACUUCCUCAAGAAGGCUCAUGUGACUCUUGCUCAUAAGAGAAGUCAUGGUGUCACAUCUGUGGCUAGUUACAGUCUUUACCUUCAUCGUCAGGUUCCUGCGGAACUGACUGCUCUUCUGUUCACUGAUAAAAUGGCUGCACUGCAAGCCCAACUUGGUUCCAUUGAUGACGAAAAAAUAGUCUCGAAAAAUGAAUGGCCUCACGUUACUAUAUGGACCGAGGUAGGAGUGCAGCCCAAGGAGGCCAACACAUUGCCACGGUUACUCACGGAAGGGAAGGCAACCGUUGUUGAAAUCAACCCACCGAUCACCAUUUCAGGUACAGUGGAAUUUUACUGAACUUCUCACAACCUUUUCUUCAUAUGGGAGUUCUUCAUGAAUCGGACUGGACUGGAAUCGAAUCGAAUUGGAAGUACGAAAAUGAAAAGGAAUCAGUUAGUCCAAGUUCCCAUUUCAUGAGAUUUUCUGGGUACAGAAUAAAGGGGAAUAAGGCACAUUUUUGUUCAACUGAAUUUUUGCGUCUAAUAAACUCCGUGUUCAUAACAAGUUAAAUUCUUGUACAAAUUUGGCAUAGAAAGGAAAUGGUGCGGGUGUACUUAACAACAUUUUUCGUGUGU